GAGAGAAAUAUCAGAGCUACGAGGUAACUAGGGCAGAGAUGGAGAAGAGGAAGCGGUAUUAUCAGUGGAGCCUAUCACGAUGAUAGUGCCGCCUGAGUUGCAGGAUUCGCCGAAAACAAUGGCGCUUGAGGGAAGCGCCAGUUCGAGCACUAGGGAUGAUGGUGGCGACCACCAUGUUGCACCGUCAAGCAGCUCGUCCUCCGAAAAAACACCCAGCCACGAGGAAGGGAUGGGGGAUGUGGUUAGCCAUGCCUCAGAUCGACCCAUGAUUGGUGAGUGGGAGAGCAGGACAAUCACGGGCAGGUUGGACAACCUGCGAAAGGCGCCCAAGGACCUGCCCGCUGGAUUUAGGUUCCGGGCCGCGCUUCAUCAUGAAGUAGCAGACUGCACGCCCUCAAUCAGUGGGUACAGAAAAUUGGAGGAUAUAGUGAGGGCGUACCACAUUCCCCGGACAAUACUGUUACGAACAGGUGCACCAAAUGAGGGGCUUGCACGGUGUCACAGACGGGCUAGAUCCCAGUAUUACGAGCUGGCGCUAACGCAGCUGACGCCCAACAGCAUAAGGUUUAUCAUUGGCUUUAUGCUGUUGUGUGAGCGAUUAGAGGUACCGGCCAAGGUGAUCGUGUUCAGGUCGCUGUUUCAAUGCCGGCUGUGUCCCAACUCCCGAGGCGCGAAGUGGUACUACCUCUCUGGGAGAAACAAGAGCCAGUUGUUCAAGAAUGUCCGGAACAAAGUGGCGAGGUGGAAGAGGCAAUUUAUAUUUGUUCGCGACAUGCAAACGGAGAGGAUAAGCAACGACCUCGCUGCUCGGCUAUCCGAGUGGCGUGUGCCCAAUGCACACGUCAACUACCCUCAAUUACUGCCACGGGACACAGACCUCAAAAAUCAGCUGCUGGACUAUGCGAGGAGGGAGAAUCUGAUAGAUCUAGACGCCCUGGUUACCUCGGAGCAGCUCGCUGUGUUCGGGUUUGUCGAUGUGGCAAACCUGUUCACUGAAGGAGAAAUGAGCAGUAUAUUGGAGCACCAACGUCAGCGAGCACAGAGCUCCCGAGGUUGCGGGCCGGGCAGCACCUCGCAAAGAAAAACGUGGUUCGACGAGCGACCGCUAGCCGCGCCUCAAUCGCGCAGCUUGUCCCAGCGAGGGUCCAGCUUGGCAUCUAGGCCGCGGGCUGAACAUAGAGCUGAGGUUGCAGCCCCGAGUGCACGUAGACGUGCACGCGAGGAGACGGAGAGCGAGGAAGAUGAGGUCCCCCUUGCUCAGCGUAGAACAAGCGGGGGGACUCAGCCCACGCAGGUGGCUCGUCCUGCAACCGUGCGUUCACCCAAUGCGCCGUCAGCUACUGCGCGGGCAACAGUCGAGCCUGCCACUACAUCGGCUUCGAUGUCGGGCCCCAAGAUUGCUUAUCCUAAGGGCUUCAGCUAUGUGCGGGCGGAGUGCCAGCCCGCCAUGGUGCAAGGCAUGCACAGCUUUGUGCUCCCCAUGGAUAGAAAGCGGGCAAAAGCUUUUGUGCAGCAGCAUGGUGGGCAGGUCGCCAUGAUAAAACUGAUGGAUGUGUUCAGCUACGCAGUAGCGCUGUACAAGAGCGAGCAGGGGGCUCGUACAGAGAACCAGGAGCUCGGCUCAAAGUGCAAACAGCUGGCCGCGGAGAAGGCUAGCCUUGUGGACGAUGUGAAUCGUCUGCAAGGCUCUGAAAUGAUGAACCGAGCUGCGGCUGCAGAGAGCCGAGCGGACGAGCUCGCCAAUAGGAUCAAUGAGCUCAUGGAGGAGCUAGAGCGAGCCCGUGCGGAGAGAGAAAGCGGAAUUCAAGCGGCAAAGGACGAGGCCGCUCGGGUUGAAGAGCGGGCCAAAAGGGCUGAGGACCAGAGGGAUCGUGCUCAGACCGAGCUGGGUUCCCUGAGGUUCCAGGUCGCUAAGGCUGACAAGAACCUCAGCGCUACCGAAGAGGCGUUGAACGCAUUGAAGGCAUCUCAUGCGCGCUCCGUUGGUAUUGCCCGAGCUCAAAGGGCUGAAUGGCUGGUCAGCUCGUCCACGUUCCAAGACGCAGUGGCGGUGGCGUCUGCAAACGUAACCACGGAGAUCUACAACGAGAUUCGUGGGAAAGUGCUGCACCACCGCCUAGAUUUUCCAAUACGCGAGCUGGUGUUCUUUGACGAGGAGGAGCUUGACGACCAGGGUAAGAGCCUUGCUCCCCUUGGUGACACAACUGUGAGGCUGAGAUGGGAUUUAAACGAAGAGGGCAUGCCCGUCUGGCCGCCGUCCGUGCUGGAGGACGGGGAAGAUCCAGCAGGGCUGCCCUCAUUUGACGCAUGGGUAGAGGGUGCUCCUGUAGCUGAGCGGGAGCCUUCAAGCACCCCACCCAACUCUCAGCCCACGGGGGUGCCAGCCAGCUCGCCCGUCCGUGCACUAGUCUCUGAGCCCGCAGCCUGGUCUCCUCCAGCUCGCUCUCCUACAGCUGCUGCUGAUGCAUCCAUGCCCAUCGACCUGACGGAUGACUAGACUUAGGGUUUUUUCUUUUUGUCUUUUGUAUUUUCUUUUGCUUACUUGUAUUAAUCAAUGACAUUAUAUGUCAUGUACUUCAACUGUAAAUGAUCAUCGAUGAAAUACAAAUUGAGUUCCCUUUUUGAACUUUCUGUGUUUUGAUUUCUCUAUAAAAUGCCAUUUACAAC